AUGGCCCCAAAAGCUGAAAAGAAACCUGCCUCUAAGGCUCCCGCUGAAAAGAAGCCAGCUGCCAAAAAGACUGCGUCUUCCGUCGAUGCUAACAAGAAGAGAACAAAGGUUAGAAAGGAAACAUACUCCUCUUACAUUUACAAAGUCCUAAAGCAGACACAUCCUGACACUGGUAUCUCGCAGAAGUCGAUGUCGAUUUUGAACUCUUUUGUCAAUGACAUUUUCGAAAGAAUUGCCUCUGAGGCCUCAAAAUUGGCGGCCUACAACAAGAAAUCAACGAUCUCUGCCAGAGAGAUCCAAACUGCUGUUAGACUGAUCUUGCCGGGUGAGUUGGCCAAGCAUGCAGUGUCUGAAGGUACAAGAGCUGUUACUAAAUACUCCUCUUCCACCCAGGCCUAA